AUGAUUGGAAUUAUUAAUAUGCCACCAGAAUCACCGGCUGAGUUCUACAGAAAUCGCCCACUGCGAAACGGUGAAACAGUGAUAUUCAGCGAACGAGAAAAGGCUAAAACUCCAGAAUAUUUUUUUGCUGCUGAUGGUAUUCGGCAUGACUUAGGAUAUCAACAGUCUCAAAGCGCCGAAAAAUUAUGGGAAAAAACGUUAAAGCGUUCAAUAAUCUGUAGAUUAGCAGCUGAAACUGAAGGUAGACGACGAUCAAUCUCAUGCAGUGGUAUUGAUGCUGAUGUUGUUUUGCUCGACAAAAGUUCAAAAAGAACUUUUUCUUCUAGUGAAAGUAACGAUUCAUUAAUGGACAGUGAUACUGUAAAUGUAUCAAACCUGAAACCACGUUCCAAUUCAUCAGGUAAAUUGAAAACGUCGCCAAGAGGAUCACAUGAACACCGAAAGACGUCGGCAUUUGCUCGUGCUAGCAAAUUCUUUUCGAUAUCUUUACCUAAAAUAUCGAUUCUAAAGUAA